AUGGUCUUUAUCUUGAUGCAGAGUUUGAUAGACCAGAAGAGGAAACAGACGUUGUCUCUCCCCACCGAGAUGUUUGGUGGUCGCCUCUGUUGCCUGAGCUACAUCUUUACACACAGUGCUUUUCUGCUGCUUUGGGCCUGGCUCUAUGAUGUGGAGGCUUCCAGUUGUGAUCGUACCAUCCAUAAAAAAGUUGGAGACACUGUAGAGCUUCCGUCAUGCUUACCAAUUGAAGGGGUCAACUCAGCAUUUUGGAAAUAUAACAAUAAAAAAGUUGCAGACAAGGAUGCAGAUGUAACUCAUCCUCAGUUCAUGGGCAGAAUAGACCUAAACCGUACAGAUUUCAGUUUAACAGUGAGAAGACUGACUCUUCAAGAUUCUGGUGUUUUCAUUUUAGCCUCAGAGGUGAAUGAAAAGCAAAGGCCCACAGUCUUCAUCACUCUGCAAGUUCAUAAGCCCAUAACGAAGCAGCCUAUCCUGACUGUAAAUUCCACCUGGCAUGCUUUGAAUGAUUCCUGUACAGUUGUGCUGGAGUGCAGUGCACCCUCUGACAGAAAUGUCUCCUACAACUGGACCGUGAUGAACCAAACCAGUAGCGGCUCCAGGCUGCAGUACAAUAUCCAGCCAAUUGAUGGCAACAUCAAUUUCACUUGCACGAUUUUCAAUUCUGUCAGUGAGAAAUCUGCAUUUGAAACAGUGAAGUGUAGCAACAAUACUUCCACUGAACUAGACUUAAUGCUUAUCCUGAGUGUGGCUGCAGGAAGUUUGAUGACUGUCACUGUGGUUGGUAUAGCUGUGGGUGUUUGUCACUGCAAAAAAAGACGAUCAGGCAGUGACUCAAAUGAGCUCACAGUGUAUGCUGAUAUCUGUGAUAUUGCACCUCAAGAUGGGACCUCAACUACCAUGAAGCCUUGCUCUGUGUAUGAAACCGUUGAUAGAGUCAACGCAGUCACACCUGCGGGGACUUUAACUACCAUGAAGCCUUGCUCCGUGUAUGAAAUCAUUGAUAACAGAGCCAACACAGUCACACCUGCACCCCAGACUGUGUAUGACAAGAUCCAGUUUAAUCGCAUAAGGAAUCCCUCAAUGUCACCAUACCAAGAAGUUCCCUAGGGGAUCACAACGUAUAACACAAAAUGUUUAAAUAUCCUAUACUAAAAAAAAAAACGUUGACCAAGAUAAUUUGCUCGGAGCAACAUUUGGAAAUGACGCAUUGCGAAACAUCAUGCUUUCUAUAAAUACCUUUGUCAAUUUUGAGUAUUGUGUAUUUUGAGUAUAAAAAUUAUUGCACCUUUUCCUAUUAUCAUAUUAGAAAAAUGAUGUUUUGAGAGUUGCAAUUUCAUUAACAGUGUAGAAAAUUCUGUAAAUAUUAUAUUUAUAUUAUAUUUUUUAAAUGUUAUGUUGGUUUUGUAUGUCUUCUAAUGCAAGUACUGUACUCAUUAUAUUUUACAAUGUAAAUAUUUUGUGGAUGCCGUGUCUGUGCAAAAGUGGCUGUAUUGAAUUUACUUUCAUAAUUUAAUGGUGUAACAGUUUUGUAAUGUCAUCAUUUUAUUAAAGACUCUUGAAUGAUUCUUUACUGAAA